CGGGUGCCACGCGCCGCCGCCGCCGCCGCCGCCGUGCCGCCGCCGCCGCCGCGGCCACUCGCCCGCCGCCCACCAUGGCCCCGCAGCAAACAGGUAGCAGGAAGCGGAAAGCGCCCGCCGAGAGCUCGUCGUCUCAGGGCUCGGCGGCGGACGCAGAGGGGCCGCUGCUGCCUAAGAAGCAGAAGCGGCCGGCGACGCGGCGCUCGCUGGUGCACUACCUCAAGGACCGCGAGGUGGGCGCGCGGGGCGGCGCCGGGCUGUCGGGCUCCAAGGGCGAACUGCGCGGCUACGCGGUGCAGAAGCUGCCCGAACUCUUGAGGGAGCGCGAGCUGGCCCUGGGCACCCUCAACAAGGUGUUCGCGUCGCAGUGGCUGAACGCCAGGCAGGUCGUGUGCGGCACCAAAUGUAACACCCUCUUCGUGGUGGACGUGCACUCGGGGCAAAUCACGCGCAUCCCCCUGAUGCGGGACCGGGGGCCCUGGCUGGCCCGGGCCCAGCCGAGCUGCGGCAUCCACGCCAUCGAGUUGAAUCCCUCCAAGACGCUUCUGGCCACCGGGGGAGAGAAUCCCAACAGCCUGGCCGUCUACCGGCUGCCCACCCUGGACCCCGUGUGCCUGGGCGACCGCCACGGCCAUAAGGACUGGAUCUUCACCAUCGCCUGGAUGAGCGAUACAGUGGCUGUGAGCGGCUCCCGCGACGGCACUGUGGCUCUGUGGCGGCUGGACCCCGACAUGUUCAAUGGCAGCAUCGCCUGGCACAAUGACGCGGGGCUUCCUGUGUACGCCCACAUCCGUCCGAGGGACAUGGAGACCAUCCCCAGGUCCAGCACCAGCCCCAGUAACCGCAAGGUGCGGGCCUUGGCCUUUAGUGGCAAGAACCAGGAGCUGGGAGCCGUGUCCCUGGACGGCUACUUCCACCUGUGGAAAGCCCGGAGCUCUCUGUCUAGGCUGCUGUCCAUUAGGCUGCCCUACUGCCGAGAGAAUGUGUGCCUGACCUACUGCGAAGAGUUGUCCCUGUAUGCAGUGGGUUCCCAGUCCCAUGUCUCCUUCCUAGAUCCACGCCAACGCCAGCAGAAUAUCCGGCCCCUGUGCUCCCGAGAGGGCGGCACAGGGGUGCGUUCGCUGAGUUUCUACCAGCACAUCAUCACCGUGGGCACAGGCCAUGGCUCCCUGCUCUUCUAUGACAUCCGUGCCCAGAAGUUCCUGGAGGAGAGGGCGUCGGGCAGCCCAGACUCCUGUCCUGGGCCCUCAGGAAGGAAGCUCAAGCUCACCUGUGGCAGAGGCUGGCUCAACCACGAUGACCUGUGGGUGAACUACUUUGGCGGUAUAGGGGAGUUCCCCAACGCGCUCUACACCCACUGCUACAACUGGCCUGAGAUGAAGCUCUUCGUGGCUGGAGGGCCUCUCCCUUCAGGCCUCCACGGGAACUACGCAGGCCUCUGGAGCUAAAGAUGGCCAAUGUAUUCUCAAAGUGCCCAGAUUUACUUUCCAGUCCCCUCUCACUUUCUUUUUCACGCUGUGCUUUGUGCUUUUUAACUUACUGUGGCAUUUGUCUUCUAGGUUGAAAGUGCCCAGCUUACCUGUGUUUAGUGUAUUAGGCAGAGAGAGAAAGAGAGAGAGAAAUCAAAGGUGAUCUUUGGGCAAUCGAAAGUUGGCUUUAAGAUUUUUCUGUACCUCUCCCAACACCACCAUGUUUUUUGCCUCCUCUUACAAAGAAUUUUGUCUAAUCUUUAAUUGUGUUCUCUGAGUGAUUGACAUAUGCUCUUUCUUUGGGCUGUUGUAGAGGUGGUACCCCCUACAAUUCAAUACUUUUUUUACCAAUAUUUCAACAGUAUGUUCAGGUCUUCUACACAUUUCAGAUGUAUGGUAUUUUGGGAAAAUGUAUGCUAAAAAGUAUCUUUGGGGCUGGUUGGAAGAACUACCCUUCAUAUAUAUAAGAGAACAGGUAUAUAGCUCUGCUCUAGAAAAUGCAUUUUAAGAUCUGGAUUGCCACCAUUUGGGGCCUGUUUCAUUUGGAUUUUGGAACCUGGUUGUAUGUUGUUUGUAUAUUUUUGGUACAUAAAAUAUUUAAAAAUAUGUUUUCUUCGUCAAGAAAUCUUAGAAUAGUGUUCAUCCUAUUAAUCACAAUUUUGAUUAGUAAUUUUAUUUUAUUCAGUAAAUUUUAUUCAGUAAAAUUUAGCCCCAGGUCCUCAGCCUUCUUGUUUAAAGCUGCUAUAACACAGCCUGCUUUCCUGGGUAUCAUUUAUGCUACAGAUUUCCAUAGCUAAUCAAAACUGGCCUAUACAUGGCAGGACAAUCAGGGAAGUUCUUUUUGGGGUAAACAUUUCUUUAAAGUUUAGGUAACACUAUCCAGGCAGCCAUUUAUACAGAAAGGCCCGCUGUUGUGCUCAAUGUAGAUGUUGUUGACAAUUUUUUUUAUUAUAUACAUAGGUAUUUCUUUUAUCAGGAUUGUGUAUGUGAUGGAUUGCAGAAAAAAUAAAACUUGUUUAGCAUUUUAGCAAUUAAGAACUAGGCUAAGGUUUUUAAAGGCUUACAUAUCUAUUUUUUUCUUAAUUGUCUUCUAGGAAUAUAUUUAUCAAAGUCAAAAUCUUCCAAGAGACCAGAUGAAACUGAAACAUCAGCUAUGCACACAUUACUCUGUAUAUUUGUUUUUGAAAAGCAAACUUAUGCUACUAUCAUGGGUGAAAAGAUGAAAUAACAUCUUGAAUGCCUUAUCAAAAUAUACAUGCUAUAGGUUGGGACAAUUUGGUAUCUUAUGUUUUUAAGAUGAUUUAAAAAACUUUAUUUACAAAAAAAAGUACAUGUUGUGUUUAUAGCUACCUACUCACAUAUGCUGUGUAUUUGUGUAUGUCUUUGUGUUACUUCCCAUGUGAAAAAAAGGCACAUGUGUAUACCAUUUUAGAUAUGCACAUAUUCCUAAUAUUUUAAACUAUGUCUAUCAAGACUUGGUCUUUAGUUUUGUUUUAUUCGAGAUAAGUAAUACAUGCACAUGACCAAACAAGUCAAACUGUAUAAAAAGUGUAAGGUGAAAAGUGAGUCUCAUACCCUAAGAUCCCUGAUCUCCUGCCCAUAGAUCACAAGCAGUAUAUUUUGUGUUUGUAUAGUCAAUACAUAUAUAAGCAUAUAUGUAUGUGUGUAUGCAAUUUUUAUAUAAAUGUGCCAUUUAUCACAAAAUCUUAGAGAUUUUUUCUUAUACCUAUCUACCUAAUUAAUUUUAAUUGUAUAUAUUUCCCUGUAUGAUUGGCACAUACUUUAUUCAUUAUACCUUUAAUGAGCAUGUAUAUUGGUUCUUAUUUACUGUAACUAUAAGCUAUUCUACAGUGAUUACUUAGGUGCAUACAUUUUUGUGCACAUGUGUAAGUAGAUCCGCAGGAUAAAUUCCUAGAAAUGGAAUGGCUGGAUCAAUUUUAUAUUUAAUAGCCAUUGCCAAAUUACCAUCCAAAGAAGUACUACCAGAUUAACCUCCCAUAAAUAAUGUAUGCAUGCCUACUUCACCAUACCCUUGCCAGCUGUGGGUCAUAAAACUCUGUGCUCUUUGACAAUCACAUAUCUGCUUGAUCCUGAUCCUUUCUAAGCCACUGUGGCUGGGUUAGAUUUGUGGUCAGAGUACCAAGUAGGUUCUGAAACAGAUCAAGAAUAUGGGGAAAUGAGGGCAAACAAUAAAAAUACUGUCAAACCAAAGACCAAUAACACCUACAGUUCAGGUUCACAUAUCUGGAGAUGGAUUACAAAGGACUGUCUUCCUUAGAUUCUUAGCUGGACCUAGUAGGGUUCUUUGGUUUAUUGUACCCUUAUUUCACUUGUAUUCAAUGCAUCACAUGUCAGUAAAGAAAAUCCAAGAAGGAGAUGAUGAGAGCCUGAGCUAGAAUAUUUGAGGUAAGUGGAGAGGAAGGAAGUUAUUAGAAAAAUGAGGUGAAAAUAAAAUGAACCGUAUUUGGUAUUUCAUGUGGAGGGUGAAGAAAGGCAAAGAAUUUAGGUGGACUCUAAGGCUUUGGCUUGAAUGUAAAUGAAUAGUGACAAACAAAUCUAGGGACUAUAAGCACAGAGGAUAUACGUGGAUCAACUCGAUUGAGGACAUGUUGAAUUUGAGUUGCUUAUUUGACAUCAGAAGAACAUACCCAGUGAAGAACUGGCUAUAUAUCCCAGAAUGAGAUUUCUCACUGCUGGGAAAGUGAGUGAUAGGAAAUGUGGGGAAAUUUUCCCUUUUGGAAGCAAGCAGAAUAGAAAAACCUAUCAAGGAUCCUAAAAAGAAAUGGAGAACAAAAAUAGAGGUGGGAAGAAUAUAAAAUAGAAGAGGAUUAUUUUACUCAA